UGAGCACCAUGAGCUGGCCACCUCCACCGAUUGGAAAGCAGUCAUCUGAAGGAGAAAAUAAGAAGAAAUCCGGCUUGGACUUUGAUUUUGAUGACGAGGAUCUGGAUGACUUGCUGCUCAGCAGCGAUAAUGAAGAGAGAAAACGAAAGCCAAAUAGCGUAACCGCCAAGAAAGACAAUAAAGAACAUGGAGCAUUCAAAUCAGGGGAAACAGCCCCAGCAGCGACGUCUUCAUUUCCGGCUGCCAAAACAUCCUUGCCGUCGGCAUCAACGUCAUCGCCGCGGCCUUCAUCAAGCGCCAGCUCGGGAAAUCAUGCGAGACCUUCGUUUUCCAUUCCUCAACCUGUUUCAUUAGCCACAAAUAAGCCUUUAGCGUCAACCGAUGCGAAUAAUGUUGAUGAUAUUCUUAAGGGAUUGGAGGAUAUGGAUGAUUUGGAUGCUGAUUUGUUCAAAAUUUCAAAACAACCUGCGGGAAACGCAAUAAAGGAAUCCACGGGUGUAACAAUAAACCCAAGAACUAACUCUCCCAUACCAAAAGAAGCUCCGGAUUUGACCACAGCUUUUAAGCGAACAGAACCCUUGACUGCUCCAUCUAGCCAAAAUGAGUCAGGUGUCGGAUUUCCGCCCAGUCAAAAAGUGCUAUCCACAGGUCUUGCGGGAGAUUCCAUGGGAUUUGCCGGUCGCCCACGGCAGCGUGCGGAAGAGAAGCCACAGAACGAUGAACAAGCUGACCUGUCAAAAAAUGCGGUGAAUACCGGUGCGGCACGAAAGCCCCUCUUACCCUGGGAGAAAAGGGCUGCCGCAAGUAGUGCUUCCACAACAGUCGCCGACACUGGUAGGAGCGCUACACCAGUUAUAAAAACUGUCCCUGCCGCUAUGGUAGACACUGGUAGGAACGCUACUCCAGUUGUGAAAACUGUCCCUGCUAUGGCAGACACUGGUAGGAACGCUACACCAGUUACGAAAACUGUUCCUGCCGCUAUGCCAGACCCAGUUCGUCCAGUAUCAGCAACCCAGCAAGGCACAACGUCAAAACCAAAAGCGGCAGCCAGCGAUGACGAUGAAUUUGUCCCUGCCUUUCUUUUAGAAGCAUCUGGACCUCGUCGAGCAGGGAGGCCUCGUAGAGAGGAGCCACCCACUCCCAUCAUUGCAGAAACAGCACCCGAACCACGUCGUAUCAAUCUUCCGUUUUUGGACGCGAAGCCCAGUAUAGUUAAGCAGGAGCCAAAUCCUGCAGUACCGCGAGCAGCGGUUCCAGCGCAUCUACCACCAGCAACCCCAUCAUCUGCUGCUUUGAAUCCAGCGAAACAACAUGAUGUGGAUACUUCUAUUCCAUCCUCGCCAAAGAAAACCAUUCCGGUCACAACAAAGGAGCCACGCUUGACACAAAGUAGUACUUCCACAGAAUCAAAACCUUUAUCACAACAGCCCGCACCAAAAUCUGCGCCAUCCAUCAACCAGCACAAGCUCGUCCGCACCGACACCUCCCUUUCUUCUAUCGCUGAUCUAAGUGCAAUAGAUGACAAAGCCAACGAUGAAGAAGAGGAGGAAGAAUCCUCUCCCCUAGAAAGUGUAGAAGAGAGCGAAGUCCAGGAUGUAGAAUUGAGUGAAACAGAUGCAACGACGUCUGAACCUAUACUGGCGAGAAAGCCAAUGGCGCGGACAGCGUCCACGACGCUGGUUGACCGUGACAGAACAAAAUCGAGGGGCAAGGAAGGGGGCAGAUCCUCUUUAGGACAAGAAGAAGUCAGCCAACUGAGACAGCAGUUGGCAGAAGCAGAGACCCGCUUAAAGGAGGUAGAAAGGGAGCGUCAAUCGGUGGAAGAAGAUUUAAAGACAAAGCUUCAAUCAACACAAAAUGAGCUCCAAGACAAGACUCUCCAGUUAAAAGAGAUACAGACCAAGUUUUGCGAGGAGCGCGCGACCUUGUACGAUCAAUGCUCUGCAGAAAAGAAAAAGAUCGAAGAAGAGAAUGCCGCGCUUGUAUCCAGCAUCAAAGAAGCACAUGCGGUUGAGAUUGACCGGAUCAAAGCUGUAUUGAAGGAAGAUAUGGAUAGGCGCGUGGUAUUGGAACUUCAAAAGGCAGCUGUAGAACAUGACCGAGCUCUUGCAGAUAUAAAACAGGAGCAUCUUAAAGAGAUGUCCAAAGUGAUUUCCAAUGCAGAAGGCGCACGGCAAUUGGAGAUGCUGGCUGAAAAGAUUGCGGAUAGCUCUCGAUUCGUGGACUCUAUGCAGCAGCGACUAGAAAGCGAUCAUUCCUAUAGUGUAAAGGAACGUGAAGCAUCUUUCCAAGCACGGGAGCGUCAGAUCAAUGAAAUGCAAAAGCACUUGAUUGACCAACAACGCGAACUUGAUGAAGAACGAGUCAAGAUCCAAGAUCUGGUUAAAACCAUGGAGAACAACAUGUGGGAGGCGAAAAAGCAUCAGGAAGAAGAGCGAAGACGGAUUGUUGAGGAAAGAGCGAGAUUGGAGGCCCACAUGGCAGAACUCAAAGCGGAUAAAGACGAGACACUUGCGCAACUCCAUACCGAACGCGUAGAAUUCCUGAAAUCCAAGGAAGAAUGGGCGUUAGAGAGGCGCAGAAUCACGCAACAAAUCGCAGAGGAACGAAAAGUUCUGGCUAUGGAAAGAGCAACCAUAGAAUCCCAAAAGCACGCAGUGGUGGAGCUUGAGCGCGAGGUAGAGCAAUUACGUGCGCGAGAAGAAACCCAACUACACGCUGAUCGGUUGAUUCUCGAUCGCGAAACUCACAACCUGCAUUCGCGCCUCACGGAUAUUCACAAAGAAGCUGCCGCUCUCAGAGCAGAAAGAUUACGAUUAGAUGCCCUUAGAGCCCAAUUGGAUGCAGAAAGAAGUUUGUUCGAGGCAGGACGGGAUGCUACUGAGCGAGCCGUAAGGGAGGCGGUAGGCAUGAGGGAUGUUGCAGUGAAGGAACGGCAGCAAGCCCACCAAUUCCAUUCGGAAGCAGAAGAAGCCAAGUUAGCUUUAGAAGCCAAAAAAACCGAGCUCGAAGCCGAACGCAAACGUUUAGAGCAAGAACGUAAACGCUUCCUUGAGGAGCGAGUGGCAUUGGCUGACGAAAGACGUAAAAGCCAGAUCCGAACCAUGUUAGGCAAAUCGGAUCAAGAGCAACUCCAGGUCCCACCAUCAAAAUGGACAACGUCGCCAACGAAUCCAUUGCCCAGCGCCCACGAAACGACCAAUAAUAUGCGGACAGACUCCGCUCCGACUUCCUCCACAGUAAAACCUUCAUACAAUAUGUCAAGCCAGCCCCCCAAUCUCCCAACGAACAUCAAUCUUACGUCUGCACGGCAGCUCUUUUCAAAACUCAAUCGAUUUGUUGGUGGCCUCAGAGAUUCAGAAGCAAUUCUGGACGACCAAUUGCACUAUCUGGUGACUUCGAACGACCGUCGCGGCAGGACUUGGACUGGAUCUAGGUUGCAGGGGACAAACGAUGGCGAUUCUGUGUUUCUGCGAAGGGACGGUGUUCAGGUGGUGUGAUGGGUUCUUCAUGUAAUAUUUGUACUUUUAUAUCAGACCUUCUUGCAUCGCUGUGACUGAACCGUAUAAAUGAAUCGAAGAAACACAAAGGCCAUUGAUCCUUUGGCGAGGUCCAAUAAAAAUAUUUUGCACAAUCAAUCACA